AGAAGCUAAAAAAAAAAAAAAAAAACGGGCAUCCAGUGUGUUACGUAUGUCGCUCCUCACAUCGGUGAACUCUCGUGGUAGAUCGAGUACACUUCAUGCACGAGUAGCGCAUCAUUAGUAAGGGGAUUAGAACUCCACAAGUCAUUCGACCGCCAAGCCGCGAAAAGUCAACUGUCUUACGUUGAAAGUCGGUGGAGAACGAGCUGCUCCCCCCUUAAGCUCGUCAGGUCUGAUCAAGAAACGAAGACCGAGUACAUCAUUCUAUACUUGUUGGGAAGAAGGGACAUUUGCAACGGGAUCAGGAAAAAUAUUCAAAGGAAAGAAGCUAAAAGCUCAGGAAGGAAAACCUCGAAGAGUGUCGACAUCGUGCCUCAGACGUGUCUCUUGGUGUUCUACGACGUGGGUGCUAUUUUUUAUUCCGAUCAUCAGCAAUUUGCGUACACGAUGGAGUCAAAAGGCAGCUUUCGGCCAUCACAGUGGAAGCAGUGCCUUGCAGCGUUUGCAUCAUCUCUAAUGUUCAAUCCAACCAACGGCGCUAUUUGGUAUCACCUGAAUCUGCAGUCCACAGAAAGAUAUUUCGAGUUCAUUUACCUCGUGCCUAGUGUCAUCUUAGUCACAGGUGGUGCGAUUCUCGCAGCAGUCUGCUCUGAUUUUUGUGGACGUAAGAAAACUAUGUUAGCGUCAUCAUUUUUCGCUGUACUUCAAACUGUUGCAAACGGUGGAUUUCUUCCGGAAAUCUUGACAGAGAUUCUGAACUUCGUUUAUUUGUUUCAUCUCGGUUUCACCUACACUGCUAUUUUUCUUUACAUUUCGGAAGUUACUAGCACCAAUAUUCGCCAAACCGCAAUGGUACUUCCGCUGGCAACUGAUCUAAUGAUAGGAUUUAUUUUGCUAUCGGUCUAUCAAAUUUUUGACAGUAUUCGGGCAUAUCAGGUUGCACAUGGUAUAUCUGUCUUGAUCGCAACUGUAUUAUACAUUGCAAUAAUUUUACUGUGCCCUGAGACGCCCUAUUACUUGAAUUCGAGAGAUAGGCGCAGAGAAACUGAACAGUCUCUCAGUUUUUAUACCGGAUUGAGGUACGUCAGAAAAGCAGAACUGAUACCGGAACCCGGUGACAAUUCGCGAGUGGCGAGGUAUACGCAGCAACGGAAAGACAAACUGAGGGAAAUCACCGAACUGAAAAAUAUUCACAGUUUCGGAAUGAUUUUUUUGUUAAUAUUGAUAAAAUGGGGCAUUGGACAGCGUAACAAUGCAUCAUUUAUACAAGCAGUGAUGGGAAAUAGUGGAAUUUUUCAUGCUUUGAUUGUUCAUUUUGCAUCAAUAUUCUUCACUGUCAUUCUGGCUAUAGCUAUAAUCCUAUUUUCGAAGAAAUUGUCUCUGUUGGCAGUAAUUGUCAUCAGUUUCAUGGCAACUUUAAUCGGAAUUUGGAUACAAGCUCCUGUGAUAAUUUCGUUACUCAUUUUUGUGAAAUACUUGGGUCACUUUAUCUUUACUGGUGUCACGUGGUCUUCUGUAGGAGUUUCAUUCACGACGAAUGUCAGGGCCAUCGCCAUUGCUAUUAUAGUCAGCUUCGACGUGCUGAUAGGUACCAUCGUGUUCUGGAUUGAGUACCAGAUGUAUCAAAAAGAUCCUGAAUAUCAUCCCUGGUACCUCGAUGUACCUCCCGUAGUAAAAUCUUAUAUCGACAUGGGGACUCUUGUUGUCGCUUUCAUCUUAGUCUUGAUUUUCAUUCCAAAAACGAUCGAGGUGCAGCCUGAGGAACAGUUUGAAAAUUAUGCUGUCGUUCGAUUCGGAGCUGUGGAGUUAUCACAGGUUCCGGCGGAAGUCGCGGGGCUCAGCCAGCCAUUGCAGAAAUAGAAUCCAAAAUUUCAUCACCGAGAAAAUUUUAAGGACUGGGUCUACCAGAUGUUACUAAACCGUUUACCUAUUCUCAGACGCUUUUCGUGAAAUUUCAUCAUUUGAAUAGUCCCACCGCACUGCACACUCGUGAUUAAAAUGGUACCCGAGAACUCGUAUCGUUAGACAUGGUUGAAUUUAUUACCACACUUUUUGUUGCAUAAUCGAAAACGGUUUCUCCGGAUUGAAUCCUAAGUCAGUUGAAUACAUUUUCUUAUCGCGUCUUGAUCAUCAAUUUUUUCUUUCUCCUCACAAUAUCUCCAUCAUCCAAACUUCUAUUAUACGCGGCUACUUUUGCGCAAUGCACAUUCAUGUAUUGUGUAAUACCCGGUAAAAUUUCAGCUGCUCCCUCGUUUUCGAUGCGCUAUUUAAUAUGUGAUGCCAAAAAGGUAUCAGCCGAGAUAUACAAGUCAAUACAGUCGAAUAAUUAGCACAAGCAGCCGUUGCUGUGUCAAAAAUUCAAAUUGAAGGUUUGCGCAGAAGCUUCAGUUGCCUGGAUGAAGCUAUCCCCAUGUGACCCAGCGAUUCGUCUGAAACUUGACAUACUUCCUGAAUUGUACACAAAAAACUGCAAGCAUCUCUUUGGUCUCAACGAUACAUAGUUUUCAAACGUCGGAUACAGUAUAGUGUUUG